AUGGUCGUAAUGGACGGGAAAAAAGUCACAGUCACCUAUACUGAUGAAUUCGGUAUUUGGCAACAUCUUGCUGACGAAUUUCGACAACACUUUCCUCUCCGAAAUUUACACUGGAAGUCAGCAAAAGGUCCUUUGCGUAAUAUACAAGUUUUGGGCAUAGAACUAAAACGGUUUAACCCAGAUACAACAGAAAAGUCACACAUGAACCCCGAAACUUUACUCGAAAAACCAUACCUUAAUUUAUAUUUCGUUAAUUGUGAUGAUAAUGAAAAAUAUCGUCAAAUAGUCAAGAAUAAAAUUCGGGAAUGGUUAAACAUUGUGGAUUCUAAACGAAAACAAGAAUGGCUAAUCGUUUAUGUUACCAAACAAGAAACGAUGAGAAAUGCCGCUAGAUAUUUUAUGAAAGGGACCGUUUUUGAUAAGAUCAAAGCAGAUUUUAAUUCAUCAAGACGUGAAAGAUGUGUACAAUUAAGAUUAUCUGAAAAUGAUUCUGAGGAUUAUGAAGCUUGGCAAGAAUUAAUAACUAAAAUAAAAGAAGGGAUCUUGUGUAGUUUUGAUCAGCAUGUGAUAACUUAUGAAGAAGAAAUUAAAAUGUUCGACUCUCAAAGAAGCUUGGUCGGAUGGAAUUAUUGUAGAUCUUUUAUUUUAAAGGAAAGAUUGGCCUUGACCUUUGAAAUUAUGAAUUUAUUUGAGGAAGCUUUAGUUCAAUAUGAUGAACUAGAGGCAUCGUUUUUUCAAGUUUUGAAAGACAGGGCACUUGCUUGGUUUGGUAGCUUUGGUGCUACGGACCCAAAUGACGAUAGUGAUAAUAUCUUGGAUAUUAAAAAGAAACAAUAUAGAGAUCUUAUAAUGCAAAAUACAAUUCCUGAAUUUGAUUUCAGAUGUUAUCUUUUUGCGAGGCAAUGUCAAUUAUUAGGGAGGUUACAUAGACCUGUUGAUAUAUGUCGGAGAGCGCAAUUUUUCAUUUCAACCUUUGGCAGGGCAAUUAAAGAGCAUCAAGCAAAAAUGGGAGAACAUUUUUUAGAAUCAUGGAUCUUUUCAUCCUGUAUGAGUGUUGUUAACGAGUGUGAGGAAUUGGCUCCUCUUACUUCAAUGGAUGAAUCAAGCUCGAUCGCAUUCAACGCUGCUAAGGGGGAAUUAUUAGACUUGGCAAGAAAACAGCUAGAUAAAAUCGGAAUUUAUUACGAACAUUUGCCAGCUUCGCUUCCGUUUACAGCAUCACUGGGUGAUGUAAAUCUUCCAGCUAUAGAUGAAGAGGGUAAAGCUAAAAAAAUUUUCACUAUUACUAAUAAGGAAUUGCAAGAAGCCAUUAAUUCGCAAAAUGAUUUUGAUGUACUUUAUUUAUCGUUAACAAAUAGAGCACUUAGAGCUUAUGAAUGUAGUGCACGUCUUCGAAGUGUAUUGCGGCUACAAGGAGAUGUUGCAGCAUUACAUUUUCAUCGUAAACAAUAUGAUGACGCUGUACAGGUGAUGGAAGAUAUUCCAUGGCGUUAUGGAGAACAAGGAUGGACAAAUUAUUCUUUAUUGACAAGUGACGAAAUCGCUUUUUACGCGGAUGAAGUUAAAAAGCUUUGUGGGACAUUAGAAAAAGGCCAAGAAAUAAAUCGUCAAUUCAAACCAAUAUUUUCUAUAUCGGUAACCUCUAUUGUUGAUGAUGUAGAAGAUGAGGAUGGUCCAUAUCUAGCAGUUGAACUUACCAAUAAUUUGUCAACAUCUUUUACUUUUGAUCAACUUGCGAUUCGGUUGGUUAGCGGACAGAGUGAGGAGAUUUGGUUUGGCGUUUGUAAUGAAGAAAUCAAGCCUGGUUUGAAUACUUAUAAGCUAUAUUCCGAUAAUAGUGCAUCUGGAAAUUAUUAUGUAGAGAAUGUACGAAUGUCCAUAGGCAAAGUAUCUUUCACUCACAAUUUCUUGAACGAGAGCAAAAAGAAAUCAUUUAGGAUUAACGAACACCCAUCAGUAUUAAGAGCACAGAUUAUUGCUCCAAGCGAAAUUCAUAUUGGGGCACAACAAUAUUUUCUUGUUCGAAUCUUUACUGGCCUAUCGUGUGUAAACGAGGGCAAAUUGUUGUUGGAGGCAAUAUCGGAAGAGCUUUCGUUUCCAAAAUCCGAAAAAUAUCCCUCGGUCACCAAAUCCGUUAUCAAUGAGAAAAUAUCAGAAGACAUCGUAUCAGAACAGGAUUUGGAAGUAUCUGAAGAUGGUAAAAUAAGAAUACCUCCUUCUCAAUCAAAUCAAUUAAUAGAAUUUCAGAUUCCAUAUGACGGUAAUUGGGGAUCAGUUGAGCACAAGGUUAGAAUAUCGGUAGAAUACAAAAGUAAAGGAAAAACAAAAGCCUUUACAUCUGUUGAUACAGUAAAAGUUUGGUUGCCUAUUUCGGUUAAUGAACUUAAUAUUUUCAGAGAUGAUUGUCUUUUUUUAAAAAUGGAUAUCACAUUACAAGGGACGGUUCCAGUGAGAAUUUUGAAAACCGAUUUGGUUCCUUCAAAAGUUUAUGAGGUUGCCGACAAUCCAUCCUUAAGUUUACCAUCUUUGAAUUUAUUUGGAAAACAGCAUGCUUCAUACGUGUAUAAAUUGACAAGAUCAAAAGAUUAUGAUCAUGGAGAGCAUGCGAAAUCUGCAAGCACUCAAAUCCAUUUUGUAGUAACAUAUCGGUCGCUUCAAGAUGAGGUUGAGAAGUAUGUGGAGCAUACCUUGAAUACUAUUUUAAAGUCAAAAAAAUUAUUUCAACAUUCUCAGUUCCUUAUUGAGAAUGCCAAGGAACAUCUAUUGAAAUCGGUAGAUUAUGUUUCAUAUGGUAUGACAGAUACUUUGGAUUUAGGUGAAUUAGAUAUUUCACAGUGUGAGAAUCUUUUCAUAACCCAUGGUGUUGCCAAAGACGCACUAGUUGAUGUUGUUAAGGAAUUUUGGGAGAUUCUAAAUACUGUGGAAUUGAUUAUUUCAAAAUCACAUGAUUUGAUCGUUGGGGAGCCAUGCCAUUGUCGUCUAAUAGUUCGACAUUCAUCAUAUUGGAAUUAUACAUCUACGGAUUCUUUGGAAUUUUAUUAUGAUGUUCAU